GGCGAGGCCCCGGCCGCCGCACACACGAGCAGGUGAGGGGGCCGGAGACCAAGACCGAGAGGAGGAGGGACCUGGAGGAUCAAGCCGGAGGCCUACUGUACAUUCCAGAGAGGCAGCAGAGGUGGGGGACUCCUGUUCACUGGGACCCCAGUUCUGCCCAGAAGGCUCAUGGAGUCCAGGGCACACAGGAUCCUUCUCUGGAGGGCUAGCAGGUUCCUUUGGGACCUGUAGUCUAGCCACCAUGGCGCACGGUUUCUCAGUGGGUUUGGACCCACUGGGCCUUGGAGACCUAAGCUCUGGCUCUCUGAGCUCCCUCUCCUCCCGAGGCCACCUGGGCAGCGACUCAGGCUCCGCAACGCGAUACCUGCUGAGGAAGCAACAGCGGCUGCUGAAUGGGCCCCCCCGCGGAAUCCGAGCCUCAUCGCCCAUGGGCCGAGUCAUCCUCAUCAACUCCCCCAUCGAAGCCAACAGUGAUGAGAGCGACAUCAUCCAUGCGGUCCGGGUGGAGAAGAGCCCAGCAGGGAGGCUGGGUUUCAGUGUGCGGGGCGGCUCUGAGCAUGGCCUGGGCAUCUUCGUCAGCAAGGUGGAGGAGGGCAGCAGUGCAGAGCGAGCUGGCUUGUGUGUGGGGGACAAGAUUACGGAGGUGAAUGGGCUGAGCCUGGAGAGCACCACCAUGGGCAGUGCCGUGAAGGUCCUGACAGGCAGCAGCCGCCUGCACAUGAUGGUGAGGCGCAUGGGCCGCGUGCCAGGCAUCAAAUUCUCCAAGGAGAAGACCACGUGGGUGGACGUGGUGAACCGGCGGCUGGUAGUGGAGAAGUGCGGUUCAACGCCUUCAGACAGCAGCUCAGAAGAUGGUGUGCGGCGCAUCGUUCACCUCUACACGACCUCCGACGACUUCUGCCUGGGCUUCAACAUCCGUGGGGGCAAGGAGUUUGGCCUGGGCAUCUAUGUGUCCAAAGUGGACCAUGGUGGGCUGGCCGAGGAGAACGGCAUCAAGGUGGGAGACCAGGUCCUGGCGGCCAACGGUGUCAGGUUCGACGACAUCAGCCACAGCCAAGCCGUGGAGGUUCUGAAGGGCCAAACGCACAUCAUGUUGACCAUCAAGGAGACUGGCCGGUACCCUGCCUACAAGGAGAUGGUUUCUGAGUAUUGUUGGCUGGACCGAUUGAGCAGCGGGGUGCUGCAGCAGCUGUCCCAGGCCUCAGAGAGCAGCUCCAGCGUCUCCUCAUACGCCUCCAGUGCCCCCUACAGCUCGGCUGAGGGCUCCAGCUCCCUGCCCUCUGACCGAAUGGACGUCUGCCUGGGGCCUGAGGAGCCGAGCGGCCGUGGCCCCGGGUGGGGGCGAGCAGACACAGCCAUGCAGACAGACCCCGAUGUGGGGGGCCGCGUGGAGACCUGGUGCAGCGUGCGGCCCACAGUCAUCCUCAGGGACACAGCCAUCCGCUCCGAUGGACCUUUGGCUGCCCGCCGCCUUGACUCUGCUCUCUCUGAGUCCCCCAAGACUGCUCUGCUGCUGGCUCUCAGCCGACCCCGGCCCCCCAUCACACGCUCCCAGAGCCACCUGACUUUGUGGGAGGAGAAGAAGCAGCGGAAGAAGGAGAAGUCGGGGCCCUCUGGGGAGAAGGGGGCCCUGCAGCGCUCCAAGACACUGAUGAACCUCUUCUUCAAGGGAGGGCGGCAGGGGCGGCCGGCAGGGGAUGGGAGCAGAGAGGCCUGGACGCUGGAGAGAGGGAGCCCGGCCAAGCCCCGUCCUCGCCUGGACAUGGAGAAAGCCUCUGGGGCCUCGCUCUCUCCUGGUCUCCCCCUCUCUCAGGCCCCUCCUCUCUCUCCUUCAGAGGCUCUCCUCUUUCUCUUUGUCCCCUGUAGCAGGGGGAGUGGGGCCUGUGCAGAAGUUUGUCACCUGGAGGCUGAGACGCGAUCGGGAGAGAGGCCGGGCUCUGCUCUCUGCCAGGUCUGGGAGCCCUUCCAGCCAGCUGCCCAAUGUGGAUGA